AUGGCGCAUCUAUUAAAUUCAUUAGAUUCAGGGUAUCAGAGCUUCUAUAUUGACAAAAAUAAAGAUGAAACUUGGUUAUCGAGAACAUAUAACGAUACUCAUGAAUUUAAAAUUCAACUUAAAAAGUUAAAGGCACAUUUGAACAAAUGCAUUCAAGAUGCUGAAGAAGACGAACUAAAUGCUACAGGAAAUGUUAAAAACAUUAAUAAUGAGAAGGAAAUUUUAAAAAGAGCUAAAAAGAGAGGUUUGGUUAUUAGUAAACUAAAUAAAGCAUCAAGACAGUGGAAUAAUAAUGUCACGAAACAAGUCAAACUAUCAGGAAUUCAAUACAAUAAAUUUAAAAACCAAACUAACAUGAAAUCGCAUAACGGUGAUCUUGAUUCAGUUUAUAUUAAUAAAAUUUCAGAAGAAUACAAGAAUGAUAUUUAUUUAGCAAUUGGUUAUCAUAUUGCUAGAUAUGGUUUAGGUGAGAUGCAGACAGUAAAAAGGAAUGAAAUAGAAACGUACUUAAAAGAUGUUUACGGAUUGGAUGAAAAGGUAGCAGCUAUAUAUAUAUCUAUGACGGAGAAAAUAAACAAUAUAAAGACCUACAAUACGAAGGAUUGCAUUAAUGAUUACGAUAAAAAUUCAGAUAUAUAUUUUGAAAUCUAUUUAUUAGAUAUAAUGAUAUUGAUCAAAGAUAAAAAUAUACUAACCACACUAGAAUACUUGAGAAAGAGUACUUCAAGAAGCUUCUUCAAUAAUAAAUCAAGUAUCAUUGUCGAAAAAAUAUCACCAUUCUUAACAAAAGUAAUGUUAGGACUCGAAGUUGAAAAUAUUGAUGAAUUGCUAAAUCAACAAGUGGAUAUAUGUGUUGAUCUUGUUUCAAAAGAUUAUUGUAAACAGAAUAAAAUCUCGUUUGAUUCUUCAUUGUUUUCAAUCAUAUUGAGUGGUAUAAUAUCAUUACAGUUUUUUAUUAAGUAUAAUAACAUCCAAAAGGCAUUGCAUGUCGAUUGGACUACAAAAAAUGAACUACCAUUUAAUGUUAAAUUACCUGAAAGUGUAUCCAAAUUUCAUUCGAUAUUCAUAUGUCCGGUUUUGAAAGAAGAGACUACUAUAGAAAAUCCACCUUAUUCUUUACCUUGUCACCAUGUUAUUUCAAGGAAGGCUCUAGAUAAGUUAUCAAAAAAUGGAACAAUAUCAUUUAAAUGUCCAUAUUGUCCUGUAGCGGCAACAAUUUCUAAAACUAUGAAAGUAAAUUUCAUAUUAUUAUAA